AUGCUUUCUGACUUGAAAGGCGGAGGAACGCGCGGGAGUGUGUGCGGUUUUUUCGGCACAAGCUCACUUCAACCCUCUGCGAUUAUUUGGAAAGCUCGUUUAUCCCCUUUUUCAUUUCUUUUUAAUUUUUCCAGUGUUAUUUUUUAUAUUGAACCAAGAAAUAGUGAAGUAGAUACAAAAAGAGCGGUGAUCGAGCUUUUUAAAUAGCCGCUGACGGUUAAAAUAAAAUCGUGUCAAGAACCGCGUGCGUGUCUCGCCUCAUUUUCUGCCUCUCUGGCUUUUCAAGUCUGAAAAAAUUGACUACAAAAUGUUGCCAUAAAAUUUUCGCUAUUGUGAAUUUUCCCUUUAUACAUUUCAAUUAAUAUAGUUUUCACUCUUAAAUGUAUGAAGUUCUCCGAGAAACUUGCGCACAACAUUUUUAUUCCUAAAAAGUACGUUCUCGCGAAAAUUUCAUUUUUUUUUUCAAAUUCAAGCUACCUCUUGGACAUGUUUAGCCCAAUCGUUUUUUUCAGUCUAAACGUUUUGAACAUGAAAACCAAUCCAGCAGAAAAAAACAAUGUAUGAAGGUUAUCACAAAAAAUUGCUAAAAGUAGGUUUUCUACAAUUUUCUGAUUUUGUUCUCUUUUCCAACGUCCUUUGAAGUUCCAGUUUCAACAGCAUUAUUUCCGAUGUCUUCUUGGUUCCGCGAUUCUAUUCUAGGAGAAAAAUACUCUGUGGUUUUUCGUAACUUCAAACUUAGAAAUGGAAAAUAGGUUUCCAAAGUUUUUAUAUUCAUUUAAAACGCAAUAAGUCUUGUUGGCCCUUAAGAGGGCCGUUGGGGUAUCAAACAUAGGAGCCUCAAAGAGGGAGGCUGCGCAGAGCGACUUCUCGGAGAAUUUGCUCGGCGAGCUGCAGCAUACAGCAAGGAUCGCUCAGCACUUUCCGAACAAGGUCUUCUUUCCUUGGACGGCGAGGAGGCACAUAUCGCCUUAUUUGGCGAAGAACCUCCUUGCUCGGACGGUAGCGGCGGACGGAACGCGGCAU